AAUAAAACAUUAAUAAAAAAAUAGACAAAACACAAAAAUGAAACUGAGAGUUAGUUUUGCUCAGUGCUUCUUCUUGUAAUGGCAACGACAGUGUACGGCCAAGCGUCGCUGCCACAGAUGCAUAGUCUUUUCUCAAAGGUCAGGCCUUUUCUCUCUCACUCGCCGUCUUUCACAGCUCCGUUCACUCGUCGGCGGAGUUUCCCGUUUAGUGCUCUUCCUACGACGAAAGCCAUAGACGCGGCGUUAAUGAAGGAGAAAUGGUUGGAUUCUCUCUCUCUCACCUCACAAGACGAAGAUACGACUCCGGAGAAUGCUGAGUCAAGCUGUAUCAUUGGGAUUGACCCUGAUUUGUCUGGUGCGUUGGCUCUUUUGAAAUUUGACCACUUGGGUUCUUCUUCUUUUGCUCAGAACCAGACUUAUUACCAGAGUUGGUUGUGUUUUGAACAUUUGGUUCUUAUGCUCAGAAAUUAUCUAUCUUUACAAGGUUCGUAUGUAAUUUGUGAGAAGAAUCGAGAAUGUGAAGGAUUCUGUGAAUCGUUCAUGUUGCUUUGUUUGGUUCAAUUUGAAGUUUAUGAUACACCUCACAUUCCAGUUUUAGUUGGGAAAAGAGUAAGAAAACGUUUGGAUGCAAAGUCAAUUGUACAAUUGAUUCAGAGCUUAGAUGUUCCCUCAGGAAGCAGAGUGUAUAUAGAACAAUCGAAUCCGUUUCCCAAAGAUGGAAAACAGGGUUGGUAUAGUGGAGGAUUUGGAUAUGGAUUAUGGAUAGGAACACUUGUUGCUUCAGGCUUUUGUGUUAUUCCGGUUUCCGCAUCUUUAUGGAAGAGGCAUUUUCAACUUGCUAGUGGAAGUUGCACAAAGGACGAUAGCAGACGAGUUGCAGCGGAGUUGUUUCCAUCGCUUAGUUCGCAACUUAAGAGGAAAAAGGAUCAUGGUCGAGCUGAAGCACUGCUCAUUGCGGCGUAUGGUGAAGCCCUUAAAACAGAGAAAUUGUUGAUCCAGCCAAAGGAAUUACUCUCUCAAGUUAACUACUUAGAAAACCAGUUAGUGGAGGUUAAAUAGUGUUUUAGUUUCUUGGCUCUCAACUCAUUAAUCAAACAAUUACAAUUUGGAGUCUAUUCCUAACUCUACUAAAUGUAUUUUUGCUAAACCAGUUGGUAAAUCUUUUUUUUUACCAGUUAGUAAAUCCUUAAUCAAACAAUUACAAUUCC